AUGACAAAGAGAAGGAGGAAGAAGAAAGAGAAACAGAUACAACCUAAUCAUGAAUACUAUGGUGAUCAAACAAAGUUGAAUGAGAUACCAGAGGAUAGGAUAACUAUGGACCCAAUUGGAUACAUUCAUACUUGUUUCCCAAAGAAGAAUGGAUCACCAAGACAGGGAAAGCUGGCCCCGACUAGCCAGGGCUACAUCAAGUUGCUGGCCAGUCAUGCGCAUCACUUGUUCCACGGACUGGAAGAGUACAGUCACAUAUGGGUCAUAUUCUGGUUCCACAAGAACAGGGUCACAAGCAGCACCAAGAGCUAUAUGAUCAACAACUCACAAGACAAGCCAGACAUUGACCAGGCACCUGCGCCAGCACUCAGCGACUAUGUCUACACAAAGGACCAGCGAUACCCUCCCGACAACGUGAUGGUGCGUCCACCUCUGCUCAAUGGCAAGAAGGUGGGCGUGUACGCCAGUCGCACUCCACACCGUUUGGUGCCCAUUGGCAUGACAAUGUGUCGAAUCGAGCGUAUUGAGGGCGACACAAUCUAUUUAAGUGGCGUGGACAUGGUGGACGGCACGCCAAUCAUCGAUCUCAAGCCUUAUAUUCCCAAAUUUGACAGCGAGCCCGACGCCAGGACACCGGCGUGGAUCGACAACAAGAGCGACAUCAAGACCGUGCGGUUCAGCGAUGAGGCCAUCGACGGCCUUAGACGCACCAUCGAUACGGUUGGCCUGCGAUUGUUGGCAAACGAGCCCGCCAACAGCAAGAGUGGCACUUCAUUUGAAGAGCGUGUGGCACGCGUCCAGACACUGAUCACCGAGAUCCUCAUCAAUGAGCCACGAUCAGUCUAUCGCAGGAAGAAGAAGACUCACGAGAGUUGGGGAUUCUUCAUCGACACGCUAAACAUUGAGUGCCAAGUCGAUCCAGAUGGAGUAGCCACCGUCCUUGGAGUCGUCGACACUGAGACCUACGAGCAUCAAAGGAGUCUGGAGCAUGCGACUGGAAACAGCAGCAAUAGCAGGGAGGAUGUUGUUGACUAA